AUGGAGACGAGAGGGAAAAGGUCGAAGAGACCAUCCAUCCUGGGUGGAUCCAUGAGAGAUUCCAUGGAUAACCGUAUGAGCUUCUCAAAGGCGAGGCAUGGAGGCACCAGUGCCCAUGGCGACACCAUUGUAGUGAGCGAGACUGGAACAACUUUGGAAAGGGAUGACCUAACAGCGGGCGACGCUAGAGUGCCCUUGGUAGUAGGCGACAUGUCGACCCAGGUGCUGGGCAAUGCAAACGUGACUCUAGGUGGCACCAGCGCCCUGGGCGACGCUUUUGGCAGCCAUAGGAGUGCUAUAGUGGCAGCAUGUGACAUCCUCAUGAGGAACCAGCUGUUGGGCAAUGCCAGCAUGCUGGGCAAUGUUGGUCUUUGGUCAUGCAAUGCUAGAGGGAGGCUAGGUGAUCUAGGUGAUGACGGGAA